UAUGCGGUCACACUUAUUGUCGGCGACUCAAAAUGGAAACGAUUAAUCCCACAUUCUCGUACCUCACCAAUUUGGAGGUAAUGCAGAUUCUGCAGAAGAUCAAGAGCACCAAAAAGAAGUUUGGCAUGCGCAACUUGGCCACGGUUACCUAUGAGGCGCUACAGUAUCUGGAGGAGUCGCCCUGCAAAACCCAGUCCCGCGAGAACAUCGUCAACUAUGUGAAAGACCUUGCUUCGUAUCGCCUUAAGUCCCACGAGAUCCUGCAAAUGAUCAACGAUCCGCCGACAAGUGCCCUCCACACGCAGCUGCUUAUCGACGACAACAAGGCUCCACUUACCGAUGAGGAGAACGAGAAGAUCAUCCAGCUGAGCUACAAGCACUUUCAUGGAGCAGAAUCUAAGGAGGCAGCUAAGGAGACUCCAGUGGAAAAACCUGCAGAGGCAACUGCAAAGCCAGCUGGAAAACAAUCUGGAAAGCGUGCUGGCCAGGCCAAAGAAGCAGAAAAGGUAGCUGCGCUUAAAGCCACUGCAGCGGUAGAAGCCACUGCAGCGGUAGAAGCCACUGCAGCGGUAGAAGCCACUGCAGCAGUGGAAGCCACUGCAGCAGUGGAAGCCACUGCAGCGGUAGAAGCCACUCCAGCACCAGAGACUAUCCCACCAGCCGAUGUUCCCUCGACAUCUGAAAUCACUCCAGAAGUCACAUCCAACACAGCACAAGAAGCAGAAAAACCCGGGGAGCAGCCAACGAAAUAACCCAUGAGCUUAUUACGUUAAACGUUUCAUAUUUUUAUGUUUGAUGUAGCGUAUAAAGUAAGCUAAAAAAUUUAUUAAAUUAUUUAUGUUCGCUUCUGGUCGCCCAAA